AUGUGUAUAUUCGAUCUUAAAUCUUUACUGAGUGUUACUCCAAGGAGUUUAAGUGAGUUAACUGUUUCAAUAAUAUUUGAAUCAAGCAGAAGAUCGUCCUAUUCGGGAAUUGAUCUCGAAAAUGAUAUUCGCAUCUCUUUGCACUUUUUCUGGUGUAGUUGAAAUUUGUUAACAGAUGACCAAGUGGCAACUUCGUCCACAAUUUUUUGUGCUGAGCUGGAUUGAUCUCUAGGAAUGAACUCGUACGCCGUCGUGUCAUCAACAAAUUUGACCGUACCGUCCGAUAAAAUUUCUAGGUCCUCAAUCAUUAUUAGGAAAAGCCAGGGACCUAAUUUGGUCCCUUGCGGGACGCCAGCAGGUACUGAUUUCCAUUCGGAGAGACAGUCGUUGGCCAGCUUAACUCUCUGUGAUCUGUUGCUUAAAAAGUCACAGAUCCAGUUCACGAUAUGUGGAUUAAUGCCAUAGUUAGAUAAUUUGGAUAUAAGACUGUUAUGAUCGAUUAGGUCAAAUGUUUUUCUUCCAGUAUUUAAGUCAUGCAAAGAACUGUCCAAGUGUGAGCACCAGGAUGGAGAGCAUUACCUGCAGUUACAAUUUCUCACUUGCACCAAAUCAGUACUUGUAUACUGCGCUGAUAUGAAUACGACCGAGCCGAAAGAAUACAUUACAUUAAAUUCAGGUGAAGAGAAUAACUUUUCACACUUGGACAAUACAAUGUCACCGCAAGAAUUUAACCAUUAUGGAUCAACCACUAAUUUUUCCAAGGUAAGCGUUACAUGGAAUCAUGCAGAUGAUAGUCAAAUUUAGAAAUGGACAGUUGUAUUAGCUUUCUUAUUUACGCCAUGCGACAAGCCUUCUCCGCCGUUUUUGGGUUGCAAACGGCACGUGUAGCAUAAAUGGCAACAAGCAAAGAAGUGAAUUUAGUGAGUAGAAACCAUAUCUAUGGUAGAAACACAGUACUAUUAUCCGAGUGCUAUUUACUUUACUAAAUCACUCCUUUACUUAUUAUCCUUUGUUGUUGCAGUUUGCCACCCAAAAAUGGCGGACAAGGCUGGUCCCAUGGCAAGGAAAAACUCGGCUAAUUCAUCAGUUUUCAUCAAACUCAAAUCAGGGCGGUUAUAAGAUAGGGCGGUGAAACGAGCAUUGUAUAUCUUAUAACCGCCCUGCUCAAACCUGCUUGCAUUUUUAUCUCACAUCUUGUAGCAAGUCUGCCAACAAGUCGUCAACAGGUUGUGUUCGCACUGCUUGUCCCAAGUUGUCAACAAGUUUGGAACAAUACGGUUUGUAACGUUCUUGUUAUAUCAUGAUUGUAUCAGACUUGUUAGACAAACCUUGUAACAAGUCUGAUAAAGCCAUCAAGUUUGUUACAAGUUGUUAACAGCUUGUUCCAAACUUGUUACAACUGGGAACAACAAUGCGAACACAACUUGUCGACGGCUUGUGAACAGAUUUGUAACAACUUAUUUGCAGACCUGUAACAACAUGUGUGUUUUUACGUGUGCACAGACAGUGUACAUGAUAGUGCCAAGCUAUUCUGAUUUCCGUCGUUGCAUGUCCUAUAAUUUCAUGUUGUCCAAUUCCUAUAUCUAGAUUCGUAUAACUGCAGAUCUUCAGAUUACUACAACAGAUCACCGCUUUGCUCGCCUAACUUGGAGUGAUACAAUGACGAUUUUUCAGAGGUAUGGCUCAGCGGGCGACUGUGUUACAAGCGAUUGUACUGCCAACAAGAUUGGUAACUUCAGAAUGGAUAUACGAGAUACUGGCCUGUAUUUUGUUACUCCUAUCAAAUGGUCCUACUUUGGCUGGCCUUCUGAAUGUGCAGAACAUCAACCAUUGAAUUACAAUGUUGACGUGGACAAGCAGAUAGUGUCUGGAAAAUGUGGUGCGAGGUGUGGCGGUUGUGAGGCACAAGACUUGUACUUAAAAAUAGAAGGAUGUUGA